CGCUGCGGCCGCUCCAGCUAUGGCCCCCCGGCGCCGCGCCAGCCCAGGGGUCGCUGUCGCCUGCUGCUGGCUCCUCACCGGCUACUGAGCUGCGGAAAGCUGAGUCUGCCAACCUUGGAUUCUGGGAUUCUCAGGACAUCAGAUCAAGCAACUGAGAGGUCCAUCCAGGGGUAAAUUCCACAGAUGGUUUCUUCUUUCUCUGGGAUCAAUGUUCUAACAUCUGGGUUAAUCAGAUCAUGCAGACUUGGUUAAUUAAGCGCGGAAAACAGCUGGGCACGUUACUCAAGGCCCAGACGCACCAUGACCAGUCGUUCUUAAGAAACAGCUUCUGGACAGACCAGCUCCAAAAAGCGUGUGGCGUCUGAGUGCGGAUAAGGCAGGAGCAAAGCGGGCCGUGGUUUGGACCUUGGGGCCAAGUCUGCACUUUUCAGAGUUCCUUUUACUUUUCCGUAAGUUUUGAAAUUGCAUUUACCCGGAGGGAGAAGGUGUAGCGUGGCAACCGCACACAGCUGAAAAAUAUAUAUAUAUUUGCACUCACAAACUCCCCAGAUUCUUCACAAACAGGGGUGGAAGAGAAAACUUAGGACGUCCAAGUUCAGCAUUAAUAGGAAGGAGUCGCCACCAAACAUUCCGUACACUUUCCUUGGGUGGUUUAUUCUCCGAGAAACACCUCCCGGCUUAGUGCGCCUGCGCACGCGCAAGCUGCGGCCCCGCCUCCCCUUUGGGGACGUAAAACGUGCGCCGGGAGGCAGGACGUGGGUUGCGCAUGCGCCCUCACUGCAUCGGCCUCGGUCUGUACGGCCGCAGGAACCGCGGAGGAGGUGUUCGCCGGUGUCUCUUGCGCCGGUUCGACGCGGCGCGCCCCGAGACCACGAAAAGGAAGGGCUAGAGUAAGUGUUCCCCCUGGCCGCUAGAGUCAUAUAGAAAGUGUUUCCUUCCCGCCAGGCAUAGUGCCUGUAGGAACCGGACCCCGCCCCCUUCCCGGUCUAAACUUUCCCCUCCUUACCCCUUUCCUUGUGGAGAUCCCCCUCGGUUCCUCUUGUUCUGGCAGUGAGCCCCUGCCAAGAUCAUGAAGCUCGUGAGGAAGGACAUUGAGAAAGACAAUGCGGGCCAGGUGACCCUGGUUCCCGAGGAACCUGAGGACAUGUGGCACACCUACAAUCUAGUGCAGGUGGGCGACAGCUUGCGCGCCUCCACCAUCCGCAAGGUACAGACGGAGUCCUCUACGGGCAGCGUAGGGAGCAACCGGGUCCGCACUACCCUCACUCUCUGCGUGGAGGCCAUCGACUUCGACUCUCAAGCCUGCCAGCUGCGGGUCAAGGGGACCAACAUCCAGGAGAAUGAGUAUGUCAAGAUGGGGGCUUACCACACCAUCGAGCUGGAGCCCAACCGCCAGUUCACCCUGGCCAAGAAGCAGUGGGACAGUGUGGUUCUGGAGCGCAUCGAGCAAGCCUGUGACCCAGCCUGGAGCGCAGAUGUAGCGGCUGUGGUGAUGCAGGAAGGCCUCGCCCAUAUCUGCUUAGUCACUCCCAGCAUGACUCUCACUCGGGCCAAGGUGGAAGUGAACAUCCCUAGGAAACGGAAAGGCAACUGCUCCCAGCACGACCGGGCCUUGGAGCGGUUCUAUGAACAGGUGGUCCAGGCCAUCCAGCGCCACAUACACUUCGAUGUUGUAAAGUGCGUCCUGGUGGCCAGCCCAGGAUUUGUGAGGGAGCAGUUCUGCGACUACAUGUUUCAACAAGCAGUGAAGAUGGACAACAAAGUGCUCCUGGAAAACCGGUCCAAAUUCCUUCAGGUACAUGCCUCCUCUGGACACAAGUACUCCCUGAAAGAGGCCCUUUGUGACCCUACAGUAGCUAGCCGCCUUUCAGACACUAAAGCUGCUGGGGAAGUAAAAGCCUUGGAUGACUUCUAUAAAAUGUUACAACAUGAACCUGACCGAGCUUUUUAUGGACUCAAGCAGGUGGAGAAGGCCAAUGAGGCCAUGGCAGUUGACACGUUGCUCAUCAGCGAUGAGCUCUUCAGGCACCAGGAUGUAGCCACACGGAGCCGGUACGUGCGGCUGGUGGACAGUGUGAAGGAGAACACAGGCUCUGUUAGGAUCUUCUCCAGUCUUCAUGUGUCUGGGGAGCAGCUCAGCCAGUUGACUGGGAUAGCUGCCAUUCUCCGCUUCCCUGUCCCUGAACUCUCUGACCAAGAGGAUGAGUCCAGUUCUGAAGAAGAUUAAUGAUUGGAACUAAUAAUCGAGACAACCUGUGUCUCACUCCUUCACUGUUACAUUUUCUCAGCAUCCUUGUGACAGAAAGCUGCAAAAGUGGCACUUUGUGAUUCUUACAGGGGUUUCUCAUGUAUUUGGUCACACUAGGUGAUUUGUGGUUGGCAGGACAUGUAUUCAAACUGAACAAUAAAAGGAAAUAAUCUCCAUGUAUUACCAUCUUUAUUAAUUGGGAUAAUUUUAUUUCAGAAUUAUGAGUUAUUCGCAGUACUUAGAAACAUUUUGUAUAUUU